AUGCUUGUUGCAAAUCUCCUUAAACCCACAAUGCUUUGGCUACGAAUCCAUAGCUCUCUAAGUCAAGCAGGCAAUCUCUAGGAAUUAAAAGUUGAUACAACAGGGAUAUACUUGAGCCCUAUCAUCUCCUUCAUGAGCUCCAGAGCUUCCUUCAUGCAUCCCUUCUUGCAAUAUUCUUGAAUCAAACUAGCAUAAACUAGAUCGCUUGGAACCUUGUCCUUCUCUCUCAUCUUAUCAAGUACUUGCUUAGCUUUGUCUACAUUACCCCCCUCUACAUGUAGGUGUAGAGUCGUAAGAGUAUGAUCUGAGUUUCAGGAAGCCAGUUUUUCGUUUAGUUGAGAAACUCGAGUGUUAUUCUUAGAUCCUCAGGCAAUUCUUCCACUACAACCGCCUCUAUCCUCAAGCAUAAGCUCGAAAAUCUGUAGUCCCUCGCGAGUCUUCCCAAUCGAGCAGAACCAGUGUGUUGGUGUGACAAAAUCCCAACGAAACACCUGCCCUUUUCAUCUCAUGAAACAAAUCAAGAGCGAGUCCAUAUCUUUAGACUCGCAGAACAUAAAAUUAGAGCAUUGUAGGUGUGAGUAAGAUCACUGAAGGUAUAACAUGGAGCUUGGAUCCCUUGCCAGCAUUCUGCCACGGCAGGGGAUCAUUCAUCAAGAUCCUAGUAGCUCUACCAACUUUUGCAAAGAGCAUGAAUCAAAGUGUUUUUACACACACUACAUUAACCUUGAAAACUGUGGUUCUUCACUAUCUGCAGCAGCUUUAAACCCUUCUCGGAUUCUAUUCCUUGAGCAAUAGCCUUUCAUCUCAAACCAGUUUCCGGAAUAUUUUUCAUCUUUAAAACUUCCCAACAUUAUCAAGUCUUCCUUUCACCAAAAACAUUACUAGUAAAAAUCCCUUCUUUGAAAAAGGCUUUCUUCUUCUUCUUCUUCUUCUUGGAUGUAUAAACGAGAGGUGGAGCAGAGCUGCCUUAGCCUUCUUCAACUAUGCAAUUCUUACUCAAAACUCACUCAAAUUCAUGCAAGAAUUCUCAAGCUCGGUUUGCUCAACAACCCUUUGGUCCUCACCAAAUUCACCUCCAUUUCUUCUGCUCUAAACGCAAUCCACUAUGCCUGUUCUCUCAUCUUCUCCCCUGAAUCACACCCGUAUAACCAUGACGCCUUUCUUUUCAACACCAUUAUCGAAGCUUUUGCAGAAUCCACUCAAUUUAAGCGCACUAGCAUAUUUUACUACAACAAAAUGCUUACACAUGGCUUCAAACCAAAUAACUACACCUACCCUUUCGUCUUCAAGGCUUGUGCCGGCAUUCGCGACUUCAAUCUUGGCAAAUCCGUCCAGGGGUCGGUUUUGAAACUCGGAUUUCACGGUGAAUCGCAUGUUGUCAACGCAAUGCUUCACAUGUAUUGCUGUUGUGAAGAUGGGAUUCAGUUUGCAGAGAAGGUGUUCGAGGAAAUGCCUAAGAGAAAUUCAGUCCCUUGGAGCACGAUGAUGGGCGGGUAUGUGAGGAGGGGAAUGUCUGCUGAAGCUAUCAACUUGUUCAGAGCGAUGCAGACUGCGGGGGUGAGGCCGGAUGAGAUCACUAUGGUGAUGGUGCUAUCGGCCUGUGCUGACCUCGGAGCCCUUGAGCUCGGGAGGUGGGUGGAAUUAUACGUCGAGAGGGAGAGGCUUGAGAUGAGAGAGAAGCUCUGCAAUGCCUUGGUAGACAUGUUUGCUAAAUGUGGUGAUGUUGAUAGUGCAUUGAGGUUGUUCAACAACAUGUCUCUAAGUAAAAGGAGUAUUGUUUCUUGGACUUGUGUGAUUUCUGGCAUGGCAUUGAACGGGCGUGGUUUGGAGGCCGUUGCCCUCUUUGAGGAAAUGAGACGAGCCGGGGUUGUCCCUGACAGCGUUGCGUUCUUGUGCUUGCUCACUGCUUGCAGCCACUCUGGUUUAGUCGAGGAGGGGAAGCAUUAUUUCAAUUCAAUGGAGAGAGAUUACGCCAUUGCUCCAAAAAUAGAGCACUACGGAUGUAUGGUGGAUCUGCUAAGCAGGGUCGGAUUAACUGAACAAGCUCUCGAGUUCAUAAACACAAUGCCAAUGGCGCCAAAUCCAGUCAUAUGGCGAACUUUGGUAUCUUCGCCUCAUGCUCAAGCUCAUCUCCUUCUUGGUGAAAGAGUCACCAUGGAUCUCAUCAAGGCCGAGCCUAUGCAAGAGGCGAACUAUGUGAUGCUCGCGUCCAUCUAUGCCAAGCUCUCGGAUUGGAAAAGGAAAACCAGAGUUAGGGAAGCAAUGAAGAAGAAAGGGAUCAAGAAAAUCCCAGGAAGCACCAUGAUUGAGCUCGGUGAUGGGAUUUACGAGUUUGUUGCUGGCGAUAAAUCUCAUAAAGAGCACUCCCAGAUUUACGAGAUGGUGGAGGAGAUGGAGAGGAAGAUGAGAGCUGUAGGAUACGUUUCUACAAUGACGAAUGUGUUGCUCGACAUUGAGGAAGAAGAUAAAGAGGGUGCUUUGAAUAAGCAUAGUGAGAAGCUGGCCAUUGCAUUUGCGCUGCUUAAAACUAGUCCAAGAUCGACUAUUCGGAUAGUGAAGAAUCUGCGGGUUUGUGUGGAUUGUCACUCUGCUACUAAACUCAUAUCUCUCAUAUAUAAUAGACAGAUAGUAGUGAGAGAUAGGAACAGGUUUCAUCACUUUAAAGAUGGAUUCUGCUCCUGCAAAGAUUUCUGGUAAUCUUUAAUGCAAGCUUGCAGUUGCUGCUUCUUCAAGUUGAUAUAUUUCAUCUUUUAAUAAGUAAAUCAUUUAAUUUUUUUUUGAAA